CCACUCGAACGCAACACCAGUUUGUUUACGAUCCAAUGUGAUAUCAUGAGACUGUUUAAAUUAGUUGGAUAUGAAUUAUCCAUCGUCUAAAUAUAAACAAGUUUACUAUGCAUUUAAAUACACACUGUUAUAGACUCUGCCUGUGUGCAAAAGUUGUGUACACAAAUUGAUGAUCAAUAGUGUGAGACAGAAACAUGGAGAGCGAUGAAGUAUUGUUUUUAGCCAAAGCAAGUGGAACGUUACUGAUUUCGUCGGCCGUGCUUUACGUCGCAUGGAAAAAAAUAACAAGUAAAGCUCCCAAGAAGGAUACUGCACCAGAUACAGUAAUAUUGCAUCAGAUUGGACGGGGUCCAUAUGCACCCAGUCUGACACCAUAUGCUAUUAAAUUAGAAACUUACCUGCGUAUGGCAAAAAUUCCCUAUGAGAAUGUACACAGUUUCACUAUUAGCAAGAAAGGAAAAGUCCCAUGGAUCGAAUACAAUGGAGAGAACAUACCAGAUUCUGAAUUUUGUAUAGAAUAUUUAAAUAAUAAACUAGGAAUCGAUCUAGAUAAAGAUUUUACAGCAAAGGAACGGGGAAUAGCAAGAGCUUUCCAGAAAAUGUUAGAAGAAAACACUUACUGGGCCUUUGUUCUUGAUAGAUGGUCAUAUGAUAAAGACUGGGCAGCUUUUAAAGCAAUGAAAGUUCCAACACUAACUGGUUAUCGUAUCAGACGAGCUAUGAAGAAAAUGUCGUAUGCCCAUGGUAUGGGACGACAUAGUUCAGAUGAAGUGUACCAUAUUAUGGAGAUGGAUAUGAAGGCUGUAUCUGACUUCUUAGGUAAUAAAAAAUUUCUGCUUGGAGACAAGCCAUGCCAAGCAGACUGUAGUGUAUUUGGUCUUAUUGGUAAUGCUUACUGGCAAUCGUUCGGAAGUACAGUAGAAUCAAGAAUCAAAGAAUAUAGAAACUUAUGUGACUAUUGUGAAAGGAUGAAGGAGACAUACUGGCCUGACUGGGACGAAUGUAUUACCCAUGGAUAUACAAAAGAGGCAACGAAAUGAUUAUUUUUUUUGUAAUGAGCUUGUUUGGACAUGCGUGUAUAUUAUCAUAAAACGUGGGCAUAUAAAUCUCAAAUAAAAUUCUUUCAUUC